AUGGAUCCACCAUCCUACACCCUAUAUCCAGCAGCCGCGGCAGCACCCGACAAUAUAAGGAGGGCACAACGCCUGUACCAAUUCCUCUUCGAGAAUAUAGCCUUUGCGUAUGGAGUCAGCCAGGAAGCACUUCUCGAAGCGCUUACUUCCGAACCUCAGUACCUACCACUCAGCGGAAGUUCGAUGCCUGUCGUAGUAUCUUCAACAACAGAGCAAGAACAGUACUCUGCUGCAUGGCUCGCACCCUACAGCUAUCAUCAGUUCAACCCUACAAAACGUCUCGCAACUGACCUUUACGAUGAUUGCGCGCGCUUAAAGAUAUUCGGCUACACAUUUCCGUUUCCUGUCGUGUGGUUCCGUGAAACAUUGCGGAGGAAGCUUGUUGCUAGCGACCUCUUCGUCGAAGAAAACUCGCAGAACGAACAGACCCGGUUGCUUCUGGGCUCCGCCAUAGCACGCUUUGGAGGCAAGCAUCUGGGAUACCGACAGAACCAUCCGCAGAAACGGGUCUUGUGUUGUAAACUGGGGUUCCCGGAGCUAAUGGGAGCUGUCGAGGGGUACAACCAUGGGGGACAAGGGCUAUUGAUUGAGGACUCUUGUUUGUAG